ACCAACCACAAAUUGGUUUUCCAUUUCCUUUGGGGUCUUCUGGGUGCAGAUUUCCAACCUUAAAUUUCUUUAUCGAAUCUCUCUGGUCGUAGGUUGCUUUGUUUCUUUCAAGCACAAACCCAAAAUCUCUCGGGAAUUGCUGGAUUUUCUGCUUCUCCCAGCAGCAGAUUUUGGGUUCUGACCCGUUUCUUGAUUUUCUCCACCUGGGUCUUGUUGAAUUCUUCUUGGGUCGUGAAUUCCGUGUUGCUGGAAUUGAAAGUUAUUUUCUUUUCUCUCCUUCUGGGUUCAACUACCUCGCAGGUUGCUUUGAGAUUUUCCAAGGUUUGAAACCUGAAAAUGACGAUUGGUAGUUUAGCACCCAAGACAGAGAAAAAGAGAUCAAGUAAAAACAAGGCAGUGGUUAAUGAAAAUGCACCCUUGUUGCCAAAAAGUCAGGUUCAGGGGAGUGAUGCUGGGUUUGAUGAUUUCAAUGGAGCUUCAUUUUCUGGGGCUGUUUUUAACCUAUCUACCACAAUUAUUGGUGCUGGAAUCAUGGCGUUGCCUGCAACCUUGAAACAGUUGGGGAUGGUGCCUGGCCUUAUUGCUAUCAUCAUCAUGGCCUUGUUGACAGAGAAGUCAAUUGAGCUUUUGAUUAGGUUUACCCGAGCAGGGAAGUCUGUUUCUUAUGCUGGUCUCAUGGGGGAUUCCUUUGGGAAGUAUGGAAAAGCUCUGGUGCAGAUAUGUGUCAUAAUCAAUAACAUUGGCGUGCUGAUUGUUUACAUGAUUAUAAUUGGUGAUGUGCUCUCUGGAACAUCUUCAGGUGGAGAUCAUCACUUCGGUAUCCUUGAAGGAUGGUUUGGUGUGCGCUGGUGGACAGGACGGACAUUUGUUGUUCUUAUUACAACACUCGCCAUAUUUGCACCCCUUGCGAGUUUUAAACGAAUUGAUUCAUUGAGAUUCACAUCUGCCCUUUCAGUUGCACUAGCAGUUGUUUUUCUAGUCAUUGCUGUGGGAAUUGCAGUUGUCAAGAUAAUAAGUGGAGGCGUUGCGAUGCCCAGACUCUUCCCAGUCACUACAGAUGUGGCAUCAUUCUUUAAACUAUUCACUGUAGUUCCUGUGUUUGUGACUGCCUAUAUCUGCCACUACAAUGUUCACAGCAUAGACAAUGAGCUUGAGGACUCAUCACAGAUGCGAGGGGUUGUGCAAACUGCCCUCGUUCUAUGCUCUUCUGUGUAUGUAAUGAUAAGUUUCUUUGGUUUCCUCCUAUUUGGAGAAGGAACUCUUGAUGAUGUGUUGGCCAAUUUCGAUACCAAUCUUGGAAUCCCUUUUGGUUCUGUGCUCAACGAUGCUGUUCGAUUAAGCUACGCAGCACACCUGAUGCUUGUAUUCCCAGUUGUUUUCUAUCCAUUGCGGCUCAAUAUAGAUGGUCUCCUCUUUCCUUCAUCAAGGCCUCUGGUUCUUGAUAACAUCAGAUUUGCAUCUCUGACUAUUUCCCUUAUUGGUGUCAUCUUUCUGGGAGCAAAUUUCAUACCCAGCAUUUGGGAUGCUUUCCAAUUUACCGGAGCAACUGCCGCAGUCUGUAUAGGAUUCAUUUUUCCAGCUGCCAUCACUCUUAAGGACCGCUACAACAUUGCAACUAGAUCAGACAAGAUUUUAUCUAUUGUUAUGAUAGUUUUGGCUGUCUUCUCUAACGUGGUGGCUAUAUAUAGUGAUGCCUAUGCCUUGAUCAAGCAGAACCAAACUUCACGCGAAUGAUGGCCAUCAUUCUGGAUGAGAGGAACUGAAUUGACAGGGUUAUUUGUCAAUUAGAAAAUCUGGGUUUUCUGAGAGGAUCCGAUGGGUUGAUUUGAAUAAACAGAGAAGCUACCCCGUGUACAAAAGUGCUUCAGAAAUGUUGCAGUCUGCAACAUGCGUCCAACCUCCUCUGUAAUUUGCCAUUUGUUGUAGUAGUUGAAAGAUUUUUCGAACAAUACUCUCUAUCCCUUUCCCUGAUUUGUUCUUCCUCAAAUGUAAUAAUAGAAAACCUUCUUUGGCAUUUGUAUGUAUUAUAUUGGGUGAAAAGGAAUGAAUUAGUUAAAGAAAUGGUAUACAUUUCAAGAAUUGGACGAGAGAAAACUACAGCUUCCAUUA